AUGCCUUCGGGUCAGGUAGAACCAGCAUUGACUAAUGGUCACGAUGGCCACGUCCAUUCUGCGCCUAUACCAGGGAGGAAGGGGAAGGGAAAGAAGGCCAUCGACUCGUCAGAAGCAUCACGUUUGCUUCAGGCCCGUAUCUCUCAGCUGGAGCAGGAUGCAGCUGGAGAGAAGGACCAAGAACUCGAAAUUGAGCGAGAAGUCAAAAGAGCCAAUCGGGAUUUGAUGCAGCAGGUCGCUAAAAUGGACGAUAUGCAGAAGAUUGACCACCUGACGAAACGCUCCAGUGAACUCCUGGCUGAUAUGCGACGUCUCGAAAAGGAGAACCAAAGGAACAAGAAGCGAGGCGAUACCCUUCAAAAGGAGCGAGAUACUAGCCGAACCGAACUUGGCAAGACUGUGGGGUUAAAGGAGAAGCUUGAAAAGCUGUGUCGUGAGCUACAGCGAGACAAUAACAAGAUGAAGAAUGAGAACAAAGAACUCCAAACCACGCAGAAGCGGAAUAACAUUUCUUGGGAUGAGAAAUACGCCACUCUUUUAUCGAAAUUGGAAGGCUACCAGGAAGAGAAAGACACCCCGCGAAAACAGGUAGUGGACAUGGAAGUAGAUGAACUCUUUCGUGUCAGGUUCAAGUCUUUCAUCGAACAAUAUGAGCUGCGUGAGCUGCAUUUCCAUUCACUUAUGCGGACAAAAGAGAUCGAGGUUCAAUAUCAUCAAUCGCGAUAUGAACGGGAGAAGAAAAAUGGAGAGGCCGAGGCGAGCAAAGCGCGCCAUCUGCAAGCCCAAGUUCAAGCUUUUACGAAGACGGAGACGGAACUUCGAAAACAGUUGAAUAUCUAUGUCGAAAAAUUCAAACAGAAGAAGGUUGAAGAUACGCUGAACAAUAGCAAUGACUUAUUCCUAUCCUUCCGAAAAGAAAUGGAAGACAUGUCCAAGAAGGGCAAGCGGCUGGAGAAAGAGAACGAGGCGCUCAAGAGACAGAAAGAUGCAACGGCUGCCAAUAUCAUCCGCAUGGCCGAAGAACGUCAAGGGUGGAAGAAGCAAGUGGACUCUGCCGAGAAAAAGGUGGAUAAACUCAUGAGCAUCAUACAGCAGAUGCAGCAUCAGGGACGAAAGGGCCCUCCUGGACUAGCCAGCGUCAUGGAAAGCGUUUAUUCGGACAACCCAGGUGGAGUUGAGGGCGACGACGAGAGCGAUUAUUCAAACGAAGGCGAGGAUGAGGAACUGAGCGAGCUCGACGACGAUACUGAGGAAGAGCCUCAGCCUGUGCAGAAACAGCCUGCGCCAGUGCCGUACGGGCCAGAACGGCCACCAAAUCAGCAACAAGCAACUGCAGCUACCAACGGACAUUAG